AUGUCGUCAGUAGCACAGCGUCGUGCACGUCAAUCGAAGAAUCUUGAUGGCACUGUUCCUACGCCUACGCGAGCUCGAGCGUCCAAGCGGCCAUCUACCAGUAUCUAUACAGAUGCCCCGAUGUACACGUACAACCCUCCUGUGAGUGACGAGGACAUUUCCUUUUGUUAUCCACACUUGCCUCAUCCUUCCAUGUGGAAGUCUGUGUUUUCCUUCUCGAAGGAACAGUAUGCACGGCACCGCUACUUCGUAGCGAAUCGCACUACGGUGCAAAACAUUGUGAACCGCAUGGGGCUAGACAGUCCUGAGCGCCAGGGUAUGAAGACAACCAUCAUCGAAGCCUAUCCAGGCCCUGGCACUUUUACGCGCGCUUUUAUGGAGCACCCCAAUGUUGAACGGGUGAUUGCGAUGGAAAAUGUACCCUCUUUCCUUGCACAGUUGGAGCAUCUACAAAAAGAUCCUGCCUUAACGUCGGUGAGCGACAAGCUUCGCGUCAUCCCACAAACAGGAUAUUCAUGGGACACCUAUGAGACGUUGGUGGAGGAGGGGCAUUUGGGGCAUUUGGCAUCCAAGCUCCCCAAGCUUGGCCCUUCCUCGCCUGCUAUGGACUGGGAAGCGCCCUGCCCAUUGAUGUUUUUCGCACAGCUCCCCAACACUGUACACGGCGAGCAACUCUUUGCCCAGCUUAUUCAUGCGAUUUCGUCUCGCUUUUGGCUGUUCAAGUAUGGUCGUAUGGAUAUGGUCUUUGUUUGUGGCGAGACAGUAGCACUGCGCUCUAUGGCCUCGCCGUACGACCUUCGCACACGGGCCAAGCUUGGCGCAACAGUCCAAUGCCUUAGUACGCCAGAAGUGCUCCUUCCGUCCGAUGAUAUGGAGCCAUAUGCGGAGCACAUGUAUCCUUCCAUUCCAUCGAUUGGACCACGUGUGCCUGUGACUUCUGUAUUCAUCCCCAAUUCCAACAUUUCAACGGGCUUGCAAAAACGCAAGCUGACGACGCUCAAAAUCACGCCUUUGCGUGAACCAUUGAUUGAAGGACGUGAUAUGGACUCGUUUGAGUUCCUCACACGCAAUCUAUUUGUACUCAAGUCCAAGACUGUGUAUGAAGGACUAAAACACGUUGCGCCCGGUGCUCAUAACAUUCUCCGGCUCGUAGCAGCCGACCACCCACGAAUGCGCCAUCGUCCUCAGGAUGUGGUGCUGCCCGAUACCCCAAUUGUGGAGCUUUCCAACCGCCAAUGGGCUGCGUUGGCCGAGGCUUUUGAAAAAUGGCCAUUCCGACCCAAUACUUAUAUCGAUGAGGGUCGUGUUCGUCGAGGUCUUAGCGACUAUCUUUUCUAG